GCUCUUAACCCUCCCUGCUCAAGGGGCGCUGUAUCAUGGCUGACUCUGCGCUCUGACCCCAGCUUCCUGACAUGCUGGGGUAUGCGAAGAAAAGAAUUUCACUGUGCCGUAAUGUAUACGUGACCAAUAAAGACUCGUUAUCAAAUCAGCAGGAAUCCCAUCAAUGCCAGGAGUCUUCCCUUUUUCCAUACUCAUCAUAGCUGUGUAUAAUUCAUUUUGUGACAGAGGUUGUUCAAGCACAGUAUUAGACUCCUCAAAGAAAAUACGAAUAGACCCAAAUGUUAACAAUUUCUUUCUUUCUUUCUUUCUUUACAUUCUAAAACCUCAAAAUGGACUCAACAAUAUUUCUCCAAUCUUUUUCAUUUCUCAUCUUCUCUAUGUAGCUCUUCUCUUUGUGGCAUUUAUGUGCAUGGACCUGUGUAACGUCGUGAGCACCAUGCCAAUCUGUGCCUUCGGACACACCGGCUGCCAGCUCCUCUCUCUGGCUGAUCUGUUCGACAGGGUCAUCCAACACUCAGCCAGGAUGCACGGGCUGUCCAGCGACCUGCACUCUGAGCUUGAGAAAGACCUCCUGCCUGGCAAAAACCACAUUGGUAGCCAGUAUCGCAAGUGCCACACAUCCAGCAUACUAACUCCUAAUGGCAAGGAAACUGCACAGAAACUGGCUCACGAGGAGUUAACAGAGGUCAUUCUCAAGCUGCUGAUGGCCUGGAAAUAUCCUCUGUCUAUGCUGCACGAGAGCAUGUCCCACCAACAGGACUUUAACAGCUUCAUCAGCAGUAAAGCUUUAGAGAUGAGUAACAUUGCUCUUGACCUCAGGAAAGGAGUGGAGAAAGUCAUGGAGAAGAUGCAGUUGUUGGGGAUGAUCAGUAACUCAAUGAAUGGCUUCACUUCUCCUGAAGACUUAUUUCCUGCCAGUGGAGAGGCCAUGAGUGAAUACGAGCUCCUCUACUGCUUCCGCCGUGAUUCUGACAAGGUCCAGAACUACCUGAAGAUCCUUAAAUGCAGAAUUGUUCCUGAUCACGGCUGCUGAGUACCACUCACCUGCACUGCUGGACCGCAUAUAAUACUCUCGGUGCACAUCAAUUCUUGAUCUUCCACUAUUUAUGUCCAUGUUUGCUUCCUACG